GGAUUGACUGAUCGAUACAUCAGGUUUUGACAUAUUUUCCACCGGCUAGAUUCUGCAGUGUUUGAAGGAUUCUAAACAUUUCAUUUGGAUUUCAGUUACUCAAGGCUGAUAUGAGAUGCAAUGCAUGUUGGAGAGAGCUGGAGGGUCAGGGUAUCUCCACCACCUGUGGCCACCUCCUCUGUACAGAAGAUGCACGUAAGAUUCUUACUAAUGACGCUGCCUGUCCUAUAUGUGAUCAAAUUCUCUCCAAAAGCCUCAUGAAACCUGUGGAUAUCAAUCCAAAUGAUGAAUGGAUAAAUAUGGCCAUGGUUGGGAUAUCACCACAAAUCUUGAUGAAGAGUGCAUACAGAAGUGUGAUGUUCUACAUUGGGCAAAAGGAAUUGGAGAUGCAAUAUAAAAUGAACCGGGUAGUUGCUCAGUGCCGACAGAAAUGUGAGGUUAUGCAAGAAAAAUUCACUGAAAAGCUGGAGCAGGUGCAUACUGCAUACCAGAAGAUGGCUAAGAGGUGCCAAAUGAUGGAGCAAGAGAUCGAGAACUUGUCCAAGGACAAGCAGGAACUUCAAGACAAGUUUGCUGAAAAAUCCAGGCAAAAACGAAAACUUGAUGAAAUGUAUGAUCAGUUGAGGAAUGAGUUUGAAUCAGUAAAACGUUCAGCUAUUCAGCCUGCCAAGAAUUUCUUCCCUAGAACUGAGCCCGAUUUGUUCUCAAACACUACUAGUAUGAUGGAUAACAGAGACCAUCUUAGAAAAGGGCCAAGAGAAGAUAUGUGGCCUCCCACAAGACAAAACAAGUCUGACUCUGGACACUUUGACGUCUCCAACGUUUCACCUGCAAAACAAUCCGGGUUUCAAAUGGAUGGCGGCGGAAACAAGAGAAUGGCAAGUCUGCGUUCUGCUUUUGGUGUUGGACCCGGAGCCGGCACUGGAAACCCAUCAAUGACACUCAGGAACCUCAUCCUUUCUCCUAUUAAGAGGCCUCAGCUUUCUCGUGGUCAACCCCAAAUGUUCACGUUGUAGACUUGGUGACACAACAUUGUUGCGUUUUGAUAUGGAAAGCGCUGUCUUCAAAUGUUACCAUGCUCAUGACACUUCCCCAAACAAGAAAUUGUAACUUUCCAG